GCGCAUCAUCUCAUUCCCAAACCGCGCGGAAGAGUGUCUUUGUGUCAGCGACAUGUGUCAUUCGCCCGCUGCCAUCGUCUCGACUCUGCUGGGUACUGGCUGCCGUUGAGUGCACGUAGGGGAUUCGGCCAGGACACACGCAAGGUGCAAAUGUCGAGCACUAGCCUCAGUGGUCUGCGUCUUGUUCGGAAGUUCUCGCGCGUCUGGACAACAUCUGGAGCUUGCUUUCACCCACCUCGAGUGACGAACUUGGACCGAGUGCAUCAUAUCCGGCGGCAAGGGCGCCGGGCGCGGUGACUUCGGACAGUGUGUACGUAUGUCACUUCUAAGUUAUGUAUGUUUGCUGCGGCGCCGGGCGAUGACGAGCGAGAACGGCAGGAAGUGUGUGUAUGAUGUGACGUUAUAAAGGGGGCGAAUGGACGUAUCGACAGCAUCGCACAAGCACUCAUUUCAAGGACAUUGAUCUCGACACGAUGAGUAGCAACGUAGCUACCGCUAUCCUCAUCGCUGGCGCGGGCCCCGCAGGCCUGGUACUUGCGCUCGCACUCGCGCAGAAUGGCGUGAAAGUGCGCAUCAUCGACAAAGAAUCAUUCUAUCGCCCUGGCCAGAGGGGAGCGGGAAUGCAGCCUCGGACGCUAGAGGUUUUGAAUUACCUCGGUGUUCUGAAUGACGUCCUUGCCAAAGCAAUCAUCUCGCCGACCCAACGCCGCGUGUACAAGCUGCCAGGGGGAACCGAGCCUCUCAAGACUGUCACUAUGCUGCAGUACGACAAACCGACACCUUCAACGCCCAUUGCCGCUCAUGCUGCAGCUAUCCCGAGUAAGGUGAACGGCGUGCACAUUGGCCAGGACAACAGCGAGGCGAUCCUGCGAGCCCACCUCGCGAAGUAUGGCUGCUCGGUGGAACUCGGCACUGAGUUGCGCGAUUUCGAGCAACACCCGGACCAUGUUGUUGUUCAACUCGCCAAGAAUGACGGAGUCACGGAGAAGAUAGAAAUUCUUACCUGUCGCUUCCUCGUCGGCACUGAUGGUGGCAGAGGUGUCACUCGCAAGAAGCUCGGUCUCACUUUCCAAGGAGAAACCCGCGCCCAACACACGUUGGUCGGCGAGCUCGAGGUCUUCGGUUUGGAUCGUGACUAUUGGCACCAAUGGGGCGACCCAUCGACACUCUUCUGCAUGAUGCGUCCGACAGAGAAUCUAAACUGUUUCUACGUUAUAAUCGGCGGUCAGAUCGACUUCGAGAAGCUCCAGUCAAAUAAGGAGGAAUUUGUGAAGACGAUCCGCGCCGCUACAGACCGGCAGGACCUGAAGUUUGGAGAGCUUCGGUGGAUCACUGAUUGGCGCCCGAACAUCCGUAUGGCGAACAAGUUCGGGGAAGGUCGAGGCUUCGUGGCUGGAGACGCGGCUCAUGUCCACAGUCCAACUGGAGGCCAGGGUUUGAACUCCAGUGUGCAGGACUCGUUCAACCUCGCCUGGAAGCUCACGCUCGUGGAGAAGGGCUUGGCCUCGCCCGACCUCCUCGACACGUACACUGAAGAGCGUCUCCCCGUGAUCGCCGGCAUGCUGCAAGAGAGUACCGCUCUCCUGAACGCGCUCGAGCGCUCGUCGCAGGGCAGUAACGACGACUCGGCGUGGAAGCGCGGCUGGGCACUGAAGCAACUCGGCAUCAACUACUGCUGGAGCUCUAUCGUCGUGGACGAGCGCGCGGCCGAGAAGCCCAAGGAGCCCGCCAAUGUCUACGGCAGCGAGACGGACGGUGUCGUCCGCGCGGGCGAUCGCGCUCUGGACGCCCCAGGCCUAGUCCCCGUGUCUGGCAACGAGCAGGCUACGUUAUCGUUCUUCAGUAUCUUCCGCCCGGUCCACCACACGGUCUUGCUCUUUACAUCCGAGGCCGGUGCUACGCAGCCGAUCCUUGAGGAACUCAAGUACUACCCUGCCGACAGCGUGAAAACCGUGGUGGUCUACCCGCGCGAGACAGUAAACGCAUCCCCCGUGGCCGGGGCUGAUAUCACUGUCGUGGACAGGGAAGGUCAUGCGUACACUGCGUACAGUGCGUCUGCCGAGCACCCUACGACUGUCAUCAUCCGCCCCGAUGGCGUGGUGGGUGGGAUCGUGUUUGGCCUCCAUGGGUUGAAGACGUAUUUGAAGGCCGUGUUUUCUGCUAUUUAACGGGUACUAGUGCCGACGGAAUCCGUCUCUGUAUAUUGUGUGUACUCUAUGUAUGUUCUAACACGUUGUAGCUUGGUAUCUGGGCACGAAGGGGUCGACAUGUGGGUGUAAACAUGCCGACAAAAACUGCGUUGAUUCAUUCACAAGUCUGUCGAUGCUUCCGUGCCGGAGCAUACUACGCAUGCUCGCCGCUUCGCCCCACAAAAGGCUGGCGCGACUCGGACGCAAGCCUGAGCAGGCCCUGAGCAACCUCGGCGACGAACAAACGGUCACGGUCACGUUCCUGUCAAGCGGCGCUUUCUUCAAGUUCCAAUCGACACAGCCUCACCCAAGCCUCACCUGCUCGUAAAGUACCCAUGCAUUGCCGAAUCGCCAUACUCACAUUGAAUUCUGCAUACACAGGGCGUAGUUAGUCGCGCUGGGAGCGGACGGACGAUCAGGGGGUUUGGCACGGUCAGCCUCUCGAACGAGCAGAAAGCGG